AUGCUCUCAUUUUGUGUCUUAAACUUGGUAUUUUCGUUCGUGGCGGUUCUCGGGAACUUCCUUGUUAUUCAUGCUCUAUGGAAAGCAACAUUAAUACCACCCACCAUUAAGACGUUGUUUCUGAGUCUUGCCAUCUCUGAUCUUGCUGUAGGAAUCUUGUCGCAACCAAUGUUUAGUGUCAUUAUCGCCGUGAUGUUAAGAAGAUUAUCAAAUGGACAACACAACUUUGCUUUAUUCUGCCCGACUGUUCUAACCGUAUGUUAUUACUUUAUAUUUGGACUCUCAUUCGCGUCGUUUUUAAAUGUUAUCGUCAUAACCCUGGAUAGACUUCUCGCAGUUCGGCUCCAUCUGCGUUACCAAGACCUUGUAACGUUAAAAAGGCUUAUUAUAGUAUUGGUGGCUUUAUGGAUCACAAGUGCUAUCGUUGCCUCCAUAGUUAUUUUUUUUCCUAAAGUAACUCGCUUAACAGGUGCAGUUAUUGACUUUCUUGGAAUUAUUUUGACUACUGUGGUUUAUAUUUAUAUUUACAAAGUUGUCAGGUUUCAUCGAAACCAAAUCCGAUGCCAAUUUCAAGUACAAAAUCGUCAGGGACUGGAGAUAACCCGUCAAAACAAGUCUGCCUAUAACGCCUUGAUCGUUUAUAUUGUUUUCGUUGCGUGCUAUCUUCCAUUUUUCAUAGCUGUUAUAUUAUUAACAGCUGAAAACUUUAGAAGCUCAUUUUUGGUGUAUGAUCAUGUCUCGAUAUUUUUUGCUUUUCUCAAUUCGUCAUUAAACCCCCUUCUUUAUUGUUGGCGGUAUCGAGAAAUUCGCGUGAAUGUGAAA